AUGGGAAAAUAUCCGCCAACAUCGUUUCUCUGGGACCAGCUCUCCUACCACUCGCGCGUUACCCACAAAGACUUGACUGGCCAAAUCGUGGUCGUCAUCGGCGCGAAUGUGGGCCUUGGCUACGAGGCGGCGAAGCAUUUCGCGACCAUGGGGGCCGCCAGGGUCAUCAUGGGGUGUCGUAGCAAUGAGCGCGGGACUGCAGCGGUCGAGCGCUUGCAGAAAGAGACCGGGUCAAAGAACUCUGAGCUGAUGCUCGUUGACCUGGCCGACUUCUCUUCGACAAUGCAGUUCGCUGCUGAGCUCGAGGCGCGUGUCGAUCGUCUCGACCUUCUGGUGCUGAACGCCGGGGUCACGGCACAGAAUGGCUCAAAGCGCACUGCGACAGUCGACGGCUGGGAGCCCACGAUACAAGUCAACGUCGUGUCGUCAUCCAUCCUCGCGAUAUUGCUUCUCCCUAUUAUGGUCCGGACGUCGCGCGAGAGACACACCAUUCCACGCACGGUUGUCGUCGCAAGCUCCGUUCAUUUCUGGGCCCCGCCAUGGGCCAACGAGAUCUUCAAUCAGCCGGAAAUAUUGAAGGCGUUGUCGGCUCAGGAAGAGUUUGAGUGGGUGUCCUGGAUCUCCAGACCUGCUAUUGUUGGGCUGAUAAAUCUCUACCACAACCCCUUCGUGCGCUACGAGGAAUCGAAGCUACUCAACGUCCUCUUUGCGCGCGCUCUCAAUGAACGACUUCGCCACACGCACCCUACCGUCAUCGUCAACUCAGUGGAUCCUGGUCUUUGCUCGACCAGCCUAUUCCGGGACGAGGGGCGCAUCACCAUCGGCAUGCGCUUGAUGAACGCAAUCCUUGCCGUUUCUGCGGAGGUGGGCAGUCGGGAGCUUGUAUGGGCGGCGCUGGGCGGCAGCGAGAAUGCGGACGCCUUGCGCGGCGCUUUUGUUGCUCGUCACACUGUGCGUCAGCCCUCGGAUUUCGUGUUGAGCGAGCGAGGGAGGAUCGCUCAGGACAGGACUUGGCGUGAAAUCGUUGCCAUUGGCGAGAAGCUCGAUCCGAAGGUUAGACAGAUCGUCAAGGACUAUUUGCUGGACCUGUGAGUUACGGUGACAUACAGCUCGAAGGGUAUAUAUUACUGUGCAGUACUACAUGGUACAUACUGUCUGUUAUAUCACGCAGUGAGUCAUUUCGUCAGUCGC